UACUUUCUCUCAAGAACAAAGUAAAGCGUUGAAGAGAGAAGAAGAAGAAGUAAAAAAAAAAAAAAAAAUCCCGAAGUAUCAAUUUAUUUCUAUUUUGGCCGUUAAGAUUCUAUUUGUGAUCAUUUAACACCCUGAAGAGUCACACCCGCCAUGUGUGGAGGAGCUAUAAUCUCCGAUUUCAUUCCACCGCCGAGGUCUCGCCGUGUUACUAGCGAGUUUAUCUGGCCGGAUCUGAAGAAGAGUGCGAAAGCAGCGAAGAAAAGCUCAAAGAAGCGUUCGAACUUCUUCGAUCUUGACGAUGAGUUCGAAGCUGAUUUCCAAGGUUUCAAAGAUGAUUCUUCUAUCGAUUGCGAUGAUGAUGAUGAUUUCGAUGUCGGUGAUGUUUUCGCCGACGUGAAACCAUUUGUUUUCGGUUCGACUCCGAAACCCGCCGUCUCCUCCGCUGCUACCGCCGCCGCCGAAGCUUCAGCUUUUGGGAAGAAGGUUGCUGGUGGGGAAGCUGAGAAAUCUGGAAAGAGGAAGAGGAAGAAUCAGUAUCGAGGGAUAAGGCAACGUCCUUGGGGCAAAUGGGCAGCUGAGAUACGUGAUCCAAGAGAAGGUGCUAGAAUUUGGCUAGGAACGUUCAAGACCGCUGAGGAAGCUGCAAGAGCUUACGAUGCUGCUGCACGCAGAAUCCGUGGAUCUAAAGCUAAGGUUAAUUUCCCUGAGGAGAACCCUCAGAAACGUUCUGCUGCCAAGGCUAGUCUUCAGAAACCUGUGGCUAAACCUAACCCAAACCCAAGUCCAGCUGUGGUUCAGAACCCAAACAACUCCUUUGAGGAUAUGUGUUUCGUGGAGGAGAAACACCAAGUGAACAACAACAACAAUCAGUUUGGCUUAGCUAACUCCAUUGAUGCUGGAUGUAAUGGUUAUCAGUAUUUCAGCUCAGACCAGGGUAGUAAUUCGUUUGAUUGUUCUGAGUUUGGUUGGAGCGAUCAAGCUCCAAUUACUCCUGACAUCUCUUCUGCCCUUAUCAACAACAACAACAACAACCCAGCUCUAUUCUUUGAAGAAGCCAAUCCAGCUAAGAAGCUCAAGUCCAUGGAUUUCGAGACACCGUGCAACAACAACAUUGAGUGGGACGCUUCGCUGGAUUUCCUCAACGAGGAUGCUGUAGCGACUCAGGACAAUGGUGCAAACCCU